AUGAACAUUUUGUUCGAAGCUGCCCUUCAGGAAUCGAACAAUACCACUCAGAAUAUGACAACGGCAGAGAGAUCGCGAUCGAUUGCCCCCGAGUUGACCGAUGCCGACAUCCUCCGCGUUUGGAAUGCAUGUCGGUUCGUGAAAAUGGGAUGGUUCUCUGCCCAAGAAGCUAUGGUUUUGGUGGACCUAUUCUUCGAGAACAUGGCACCCCUAUCGCCUGUUCUCACAGACUUCUUCGCCUCGCAUAAGAAUCAAUACUAUCUGGUCACCCAGGAACCAAUGCUCUGCUAUACUAUACUGAUGAUCUCCUCUCGAUACCAUACUCUUCCCGGAGUAGGUGGGUACUCUCGCUCUUUUUUUAUUCAUCAUCGCCUGUGGCAGCAUUGUCAACACUUGCUUCUUCGGAUCACCCUUGGCCAGGAGAAAAUCUCGAAAGCGAAAACACGCACUAUAGGCAGCGUCGAAGCACUUCUUCUCAUGUCUGAAUGGCAUCCACGAGUUUUACAAUUUCCACCAGAGACGGACGGGUGGGAUUCAGACUUUCUCAUGACAAACCCGGAUAUCAGAGAUCCGCCUAAUCUAAAUGGAGAAAUCCCAGUCUCCUCUCGAUGGCGGGAGGAUGUUGUUGAACCGACCAAGCGGUUUGAACGCAUGUCCUGGAUGGUGCUCAACUCAGCCCUGGCUCUCGCACAUGAACUCGGUGUGUUCGACUCGAGCGCUCGACUUGCCAGGCAGGAUGAUCUAGUUGGUCUUGAUGCUGAGCGAUAUCUUGAACAUCUCCAGUCUGUUGAUAGAGACUGGUUAUUGUUCAUGACUGCGUGGAUUGAAUUGAUGAAGCUGACCAGCUCUGUCACUGAUACUCUCUUCCCACUCAUGAAUAUCUCCAGUUCGACUGGAUCAUCGGAUACAUUCAUCCCUGUAUUGGAGCGGAAACAAUUUCUGCUGGCAAGCUGGCAACAACGAUAUCUCAAUAUUUCAGACUCGAGCUUCCCCUACACAGAUACACUAUUCAUCGAAUAUCAACACCUACGCAUCCUGACCAACUCCAUCGGAAUGCAAAGAAUCGUCCAACGAGUCCUACAAAACCAAACCCAGCCCCCAUCACGAAGAGAUUCAAUAAUUGACUUCUCGUUCAUUGAACGUGCAAGACAGUUGAACAUAACAGCAAGAGAAUAUGGGUUCAUCGAGGAAGUGAUAGACGGCUGCUGUCAAACCCUCGACAAGAUAACACUCCUACGUGGAUCUUUCCACUUCUCACCCAUGAGGAUACUCUUCCGAACAAUCAGCGCCUCCAUAUUCCUCAUGAAAGCCCUUGCUUUGGGAGUGCGCAAUUCGAAACUGCAGGAAGCACUUCAAAUCCUCGAUCGAGCCAUUGUCACGUUGCAGGAUGGUAAUCAGGAUGAUGUUCAUUUGAAAUCUCGCUAUGCGGCUCUUUUGCAGGUGCAAGUAUCACGCCUGCGAGAGAGUUUGGUUUCUUUGUACGGCAUCGGUUGUGAUCUUCCUUCUCCUGAUUCGUAUGAGAAUAUCCCGGGUAUGGACCUGGGUGGUUUCUCUGAUGCUACUAUGAAUGACUGGUUAUCCCUGCCUUUAGAUCCUUCCAUGGCUCCAUUUGGCUCCGCAGAAGGGGACUUUGGGGUUCGAUUAGAUGGCGUGGAUUUAGAUUUGGACUUUUUGUGGCAAUUACCUCCAUGA